ACUUCCGUAUUGACAAACGUCAUUUGUCUCUAAUCUAAUAGGAGCACUUAACAGCAGUAAAAGAAGCUCUGGAAUGGUCUCUUCCUUGAAUCUGGCCGUACCCCUAUUCGCCAUUGAAGCCCGCAGGGGAAGCUUUCUUCGUAAUCUGAACGCAUGACCAGAUGAACUGCUUUAAAGGUUUGACUUGUUUCACCAAGCAAUUGAAGUGCAGCACCUCUGUGCUCGGACGGCUUGAGAAUGGUGUUCUUGUUGCCAAAAAUGAUAGUUUCCCCUCUUCAUUAGCACAAAGAGGAUAUGUAGCAGCAACAUCACUUGUUCGAGAUGGAUAUACAAGUGCACAUCCUCAAAAGAUAUCGAAUUCAGCAAGAGAUACACCAUGGAAGAUUAAGCUUCCGUUUGGCCUUUCAAGGAAUACUUUAGGACCAGAGAAAUGUGCAAUGUCUAUAUCUUUUCGACAUAAACAUGGCUGGAACUCUGAUCCAGACUUGAGCAGAGACUUUCUUGUGCAGCUUUGGGUUGAAGAUAACAAAAGACUAAUUUCUGAAGAAAAUAGAAGUCGAAAGAUUCGCAAGCAUCUUCACAAUGAUGUUGCACCUGUUGGUAGUCAAUCUUCCUUUGAAGUUCCACGUGGAUCUUUUGAAGAGAUGAAGCCAGCCUUGGAGCAACCACCUACCAGCCAACCUGUCACGGGGUUUCUUAAACCUACGUCUUUAGAGGAGGCUCUGGUUGCUCCUCUUCUUGCAAGAUCCAAUCUCCUGAUUACAAGGGAUAUAGAAUGGGCAAAUCUUACUGUUGGUUUUGAGCAGGAGAAUCGAUAUGCGGUAGUUGAUCUCUGCUAUCCUCACUCACCUGUAGGUAAUAUUCGGGAAAAGAGUAAUGUCAUUGCAAGACAGCUUUUGCGAUCAAGGCGUCCUUUCUCUGCGAGUAUAACCGAUGCUUUGGGUAGCGAACUCUUUAGGGUUCGCAGGCCUUUUUGGUGGAUCACCAGUUCAAUUUAUACUGAGAUUAAUGGAAAGGAAAUUGGUGUUGUUCAUAGGAGAUGGCAUCUUUGGAAGAGAAUUUACGAUUUAUAUUUGGGGAAUAUGCAGUUUGCAGUGGUUGAGAAUCCUGGAUUCUGGAACUGGACAUUUACUUUGAAGGACAUUAAUGGAGAAGUGCUGGCUGAAAUAGAUCGUAACUGGAGGGGUUUUGGUUUUGAGCUUUUUACUGACGCUGGCCAGUAUGUUAUCCGAUUUGGCACUGCUGAUCCCAGUUAUCCUGAUGGAGAGAGUCAAGAGUUGCAAGUGAAUCAUCCGUUGACUCUGGCACAGAGAGCAGUAGCUGUUGCUUUAGCUAUCUCACUGGAUAAUGACUAUUUCUCAAUGCAUGGUGGCGUGAGCAUUCCUUUCUUUGUGGUCGGAGAAUGAUGUUUCAAGGGUUGGAAUUUUUGGCAAUCUACCAGGGUUUUGUACAUUACAAGAUCCUUUUGCUGAGGUGCUUCUCCGCUCUGGAGAUGGUAAAUGACUAUCAGGUGAAUUGGUUCUUGGUACAUCUGCAAUGGUUGUGGACAAGAUUUGUUGCUCGUUUGCUGGCAAUUAUGAUGGUCAUAUGCAAUGUUGAUGAAAAUUAGUAAUAGAAUUAGUAUCUGUUGUUUAUGGCCUUGAAGAAUGAGCAAGUUUGUAAUUCUUCUUAGAUGAUUGUACACAAGGCCAACAAGAACCCUUAUGUUUUUGUGAAGCAUGAUGAUGAAAAAUUAUAAGACUCCAGGCUUGAUCAAAUGCUUAUUGGAGUUUUCUGAGAUCUUUGUUAGAAUGAAAUUCAGAGUUUCCUUGGAACAA